GAGCACACAAAUGUUAGGAAUAUAUAAAGUUUUGUAAUUGAAAACCCUAAAAAGUCUGGUAGCUCUGUUGGAUAAUUAGUGUUAAUUGUUUUCAUUCGCAUCUCUGGUUCGAAUCGUAAAGGAAGUAAAAAGAUGGACUUUGAUGAUGAAGACAAACCAAAAGAGGUUGCCAAAACCCGUAGAUUCGCUCCUUGCCGUGCCGGAAAGUCUAAACCCAAACCUAAACCGGAACCCACUGCACAGAAACCGGAGCCGCCGCAAUCACAAACUGACUCUGUGAGCAAGAGUGAGCAUGACGUUGAUGCUAAAGGUGCUGGUCCUAAGGUUGAAACUGAGGUUUAUAAUGGCUCUGUUAAAAUGGAGAUUGAUUCAAAAGUUGAUAAAGAGCCAGAGUUCAUGGAUACUGAGUUGAUUGAGGAAGAUGAGCAGCUUCCAUUGCAAGAGGAGAAGGAGGAGGAAGAAGAAGAAGAAGAAGAUGUUGUUGUUCGUGAAAUCGAUGUUUUCUUUAAUCCGUCUAUUGAUGCUAAUACUCAGCUUUAUGUUCUACAAUAUCCUCUAAGACCAUCUUGGCGACCAUACGAAAUGGAUGAACGAUGCGAAGAAGUUAGAGUGAAUCCUUCUACAUCGCAAGUGGAAAUUGAUUUGUCUAUGGAUGUUCAUUCGAAGAACUAUGACUCCAAUUUUGGACUAAAUAUGACUAAGCAGACCUUGAAAACAACAUGGAAACAGCCUCCUACUUUGGAUUAUGCUGUUGGGAUUCUUUCAGGUGAUAAGUUACACUUGAAUCCUGUCCAUGCUGUUGCUCAGCUCCGACCGUCUAUGCAGUAUCUUUCAUCUGACGGCAAAAAGAAACAAGCAGAAUCUACUGAAGAAUCUGUCGGAACAUCCAAAAAACAGAACAAGGGAGUGCAGGCUUCGACAGAUCAGAAACCAAUUAACGAAGAAACUUGGGUUGCACUCAAGUAUCAUGGACUUCAAUCCGAAUAUUGCUCCAGAUAUCUGAACGGGAUGAUGGCGAAUGGGAACUCUUCAUUAGAUUUCAACAUGAGCCCGCAAGUUUAUAUCAAUGAACUGUGCCGUGGGGGAAGCAGCAGAAACUCUGAAUCGAAAGAAACAUCGAAAAGGGUCUUGCUUUCCCUACCACUUGAAGAACGUGUGAAAAAGUUGCUCUGCGAGGGAUCUCCGUUGCUUCGAUACAGUGUUCUUAAGCAUUAUGCCCCUGAGUUCUCAGACGAGGAUUUCUUAGGGGCCCUCCAAGAAGAUGGCUGGUUAGUUCAAGGUUUAUGGACUCCCAAAACUAAGCUACUGGGACUAGAUAAAAACUGUGGAAGUAUCAGGGAUUAUGUCCUGUCUCUGUUCAGCCAGAAUACAACUAUAAAGUACUCUGAAGUUGAAGCAACGGGUUUUCAACGCGAGAAGAAGAAAACUAUGGAAACUAUGUUGACUGAAUUUGCCAAAGAAAGGCCUCUGCUAAACGAUUGGAAGUUCAAAGAGCCCACUGAUGUCUCAUUCAUAAAAUCCUACCCGGAGAUUGUUAAGGAGCAAGAUAUUUUAUGGACGAAUAGGAAAGAGAUUAUAGAGUCAAUAAUAACCACCCAAGGAGGAAAAAGUAGAGCUGAUAAUAGGAGGAAUGUUGUUGGCAAAAAUUCUUCAGUUACAGUUAAACCGGAGGUUCCAACAACCCUCUCGGACAAAGGAGGAAGUUCAAGAAAUACGAUACCUCGUGUUGUUGGACAAAAAAUGCCAGAAGAACUUCGGUGGGCGUUACCAAAGGCCUUGAAAAAGGUGUUUCAAACUCACAAAGUUUGCAGGUAUGAGACGAUCUGCCAAGGACUUAGGGAUCUUGCAGUUUCGACAUCAAAUAAUCCAAAAGCUGAUUCAGGAAUGGCAGUGAAUGUGGCGUUAGCCGUGGAUGCUUACCAGGACGAGCUCAAAGACGUUAUAAGUGAAGUGGCUGCUAACAUUCACGGGUCUUAUGUCUCCAUAUCAUCUCCAGACCAUCCUGAAUACGAUUCUUUGAGGGGAGUGGUGAUUAGCCUUUUUUGCGGAACUGGACCUGGAGCAAAGCUUAUGAAGGCUGAAGUAUUUGCAGCAGGCAGGAACGAACUUAAACGUGAAAUCACCAACAACGAAUAUAUAAAGGUGAUGCACGAUCUCUGUGAAACCAACUCUUCAGGAUGGAUUUUACAGAAAGCUCGAUGAUGAGUUAUCACCACUCACAAAUCAUCAUGACUAGAUUUUAAUGAUCUAUAAAUUUUGAUAUAUCCU